CACACACACACACACACACACACACACACACACACGAAGCCGCGGCUGGCGCCUGCGAAUUUGGGAUUCGAUUGGGAGAGACCGCUUACUCGGGGGAAAUGGAUUCUGUACCACUGCUGAUCAGCGUUUUCACUUUGCUGUUCUCCGGCUUGUGGCAUUUAGGAUUAACAGCGACAAAUUACAACUGUGAUGACCCAUUAGCAUCCCUGCUCUCUCCAAUGGCUUUUUCCAGUUCCUCAGACCUCACUGGUACUCACAGCCCAGCUCAACUCAACCGAAGAGUUGGAGCUGGCGGUUGGUCCCCAGCAGAUUCCAAUGCUCAACAGUGGCUCCAGAUGGACCUGGGACACAGAGUGGAGAUUACGGCAGUGGCCACGCAGGGAAGAUACGGAAGCUCUGACUGGGUGACGAGUUAUAGCCUGAUGUUCAGUGACACAGGACACAACUGGAAACAGUAUCAGAAAGAAGACAACAUCUGG